AUGGAAGAGAAGGAGGAAAAACGAUGCUGGCAAGGGCUCCACAGGGCAACAUUCCUGACAGCUGUCCUGCUGCUGCUGCAAGUGAAGGAGGUGAAGAGUCUGAAGGGCAGCGCCAGCCUGGAUGAGGACAGGAGUCAGAGAGAGAAAUUGGUCUCUGCGGACCAGGGCCAAGAGCAGUUCGAAGAACACUUUGUGGCUUCCUCAGUGGGUGAGCUGUGGCAGGUGAUGGAUAUGGCCCAGCAAGAGGACACGAUCGCCCAGGCAACAACUAUCCGGGACCACCUCUUCGAUCUAGCUUUCUGCUUCAACCUGGCCAGCAUCAUGAUUUUUUUAUGA